AUGGCGUCAGCAACAGGCUCCAAGUUCCAGGCGUUCAUGAACCACCCUGCGGGGCCCAAGACUGUCUUCUUCUGGGCGCCUCUGAUGAAGUGGUGUCUCGUCGCAGCAGGAUUGAAAGACCUUUCGCGUCCAGCAGACAAGAUCUCUGUCCCCCAGAACGUCGCUCUGGCCGCAACAGGCAUGAUCUGGGUGCGCUACUCGCUCGUCAUCACGCCCGUCAACUACUCGCUCGCCGCGGUCAACUUCUUUGUCGGAUGCAGCGGUCUCGCCCAGCUCUACCGCGUGUGGGACUUCAGGAAACAGCACCCCGUCCAGGCCGCCGUCGCGGAUAAGAAGAACGAGGCCACCGGCAAGAUCAGCGGCGAAAAGCUCCAGUUGAGCUCCAAGUAG